AUGUCUUCCAGCGAGGUUAUAGACUUCUUGAUCAAAAGCAAGAAGCUGGAGCCUGGACUGCUGCACAGAGUGAAUACAACAAUUAUACAUGUUAAUGCAGUACUCUACGACGCAGAGGAGAAGCAGAUCACUAAUCCUGCUGUCAAAAACUGGCUCGACGACCUUCAGGAUUGUGUCUUUGAAAUCGAUGACUUGUUGGAUGAGUUUGCUCAUAAAGCAGCACGAUCCAAGGUGCUAAACUUUUUCUCUGCUCUUAUUCCAUUUAGUUAUAAGGAUGAGGAUAUGGUAGAUAAGUUAGAAGAGAUCCUUGAGAAGAUCGAUAACUUAAUUAACUUAAAGGAUGCUCUUAAGGGUAUUGAAGGAAAGCCAAUAAUUCCACAAAUUCCAUCCACAACUUGUCUCGUAGAUGAAUCUGAUAUUUAUGGCAGGGAAGCUGAUCAGGAGGCCAUAAUGGAAUUGUUGCUAUCUAAUGAUCAAAAUGACAUAGUAGACGUGGUUCCCAUUGUGGGUCUGUGUGGGAUCGGUAAAACCACCCUUGCUCAAUCUGUCUUUAACGACUAUAGAGUAGAUCAGGAGUUUGAAAUCAGAGCAUGGGUUUGUGUUGGAGGUGAAUUUAAUGUUUUUCAGAUAACUAAAAGUUUUCUUGAAGGGAUAACAGGAAAGACUUGUGACUAUAAAGAAUUAAACCCGCUUCAAGUUGAAUUGCGGGAUAGAUUGAGUAUGAGAAAGUUUUUGCUUGUAUUAGAUGAUAUUUGGAAUGUUAAUUAUGAAGCCUGGGAACUUCUGCAAAAACCUUUGAAGCAUGGGAGAGGAGGAGGCAAGAUCAUUGUUACGACACGAAAUGAAAGUGUAGCAUUAGUCACACUCACCAUUCCAAUCUAUCAUUUGAGAGAAUUAAGUGAUGAUGACUGCUAUACCUUGUUUAGAAGACAUGCAUUUGACAGUACUGAAGGAACAGGAGAGCAUCCACAAUUAGAAGGACUUGACCGAGAAAUAGUGAGAAAGUGUAGAGGCCUACCUUUGGUUGCCAAAACAUUGGGAAAUCUGUUGCAUUUCGAAAGAGAUGCUAGAGAAUGGGAUAAGAUAUUGAGGUCCAACAUAUGGGAUUUGCCAAGUGACAGCAGCAUUCUUCAGUCUCUAUUAUUAAGCUACUACCAGCUCCCUUCACAUCUGAAGCGGUGUUUUGCUUACUGCGCUACAUUUCCAAGAAGGCAUGAAUUUACAAGAGCAGAAGUAGUUCGUUUAUGGACCGCAAAGGAACUAAUUCAGCCUAAUGAAAAUCGUCAGACUGAAGAACUGGGUGAUGAGUACUUUCAGAACCUUGUAUCAAGAUCACUUUUUCAACGAUCCAGUGCUAAUCCGUCAUCCUUUGUCAUGCAUGACCUCAAUCAUGAUUUAGCUAAAUUUGUCUAUCGAACGUUCUUCCAUCACAGAAUUCGUCGCUAUCCCCAUCGAGGAGAUACCAAGGAUAUUGCUGAGUGGCCCUUUAUUCUCACGAACAUCUUGCUAGAGAUCUUGUUGCUGGCUUUUGACCAAAUGGCUUCACCCAAAAAGCCACAAUAUGCGUUGGUUGCUGCAUCCUUGUCUUUGGCAGUCUUGUUUGUUUGCAUUUCUGAGCUUAUUUACAAGGCAAUGAAGAAAAACAGUGCUACUUUCUUUCAAAUUCUGAGAUGCAUGCUUCAUGGUUCUCUUGAGAAGAACCCAUAUACCUUCAUUGACUGGUUUGGCCUACUCAGUGCCUUUGGUCAAGUUGUUGUCAGCAGCAUAGCAUACGUUUAUAUGCGUCAAGGUAAAGACAAUCCAAUUAAAGUAUCCGUCGUAUCCCUUAGUUUCAUCAUAUGUUUGGCCUCUUCCAAAUUAGUCAAGAAUCCAAAUGAGGCACAACUUCCAACUACAAGGGGCUAUUAAAGAUAAUUUAGGGGUUCAAACAAACUGCAUUGAUCAUUGUAGUGGGAAUUAGGUUGGUUCCACUUCAUCAUCAACCUUUUCUUAUUUUAUUUCAUGUUAUUUGACCUCAAAUUCCGGCCCUUUAGUUUGGAGUAAAUUAUGUGCAAACAUUGAAUUCUUAACAAAUCAUGCCAUUAUUAUAAGUCCUUGCUUUUUAGUUUUCAUGGUUGA